AUGAAUUUAGUUAUUACCAUUCUAUUUAUUACCAUAAUCCUAUCUUCAGUCUUAGCAGUUGUAUCCUUUUGGUUGCCACAAAUAACCCCUGAUGCAGAAAAGCUGUCACCUUAUGAAUGUGGUUUCGACCCCCUGGGCUCAGCCCGGCUACCAUUUUCCCUCCGAUUCUUCUUAGUAGCAAUUUUGUUCCUUCUUUUUGAUUUAGAAAUUGCACUCCUUCUCCCCCUGCCCUGGGGGGAUCAACUCCACACCCCCACCGGGACAUUCUUUUGAGCAACAACAGUUCUGAUUUUAUUAACACUAGGAUUAAUUUAUGAAUGAACCCAAGGAGGCCUAGAGUGAGCAGAAUAG